UAAAGCAAUGGAAUCGUUCACAAUAAUGAUACGAGAUAACUGAAGACUAUAACGUUACUUUUGUAGAUUUGUACAUUUUAAUUGUGCGUACACCGUUUAGAUAUCUAUAUAGUGUUUGGUCUGUCAACCCUGUCUUGUCAACACGUUAUAGGGAAGUAUUUUAAGAGUUGUGCCCCUCUGUGAGGCAAGAAACGACGUGAAGCAGUGGACGGAUUGUAUUUAGCCAGUCAUUGCCAUGGCCUCCGAAAGCGGCGAUAGCAACAUGGACAGGGAAAUGAUUUUGGCUGACUUUCAGGCUUGCACUGGGAUUGACAACAUUGCAGAGGCAAUCACACUAUUAGAGCUUAAUAACUGGGACUUAGUGGCAGCAAUCAAUGGAGUGAUACCACAAGAAAAUGGAAUUUUGCAAAGUACUUAUUCCAGUCAGGCAAGUCAAGCCAACAUUUUUGGACCUGUCAGCCAAUCAGAAGCCGCAGAAGCAGAAGCUAGAGGAGCUGUGCCACCACCACCACCCUCCUCCUCUUCGUCUUCAUCCUCUCCUCCAUCGUCUGCCUCAGCAUUUUGUCCCCUCAAUGUCUCCUCACGACACAUUGUAGAACGGCAGUCUCGAAUGCUCCACUUUCGGGUGGAGUACCGGCAGCGCUCUGUGGAGCUUGUUGUAGAGGAAGCUAGUACAGUCGGUGACAUCAAACAGAUUCUUGAGUCAGAACUUGGGAUACCAGUGUCUAAAAUGCAACUGAAAGGCUGGAAAAGUGGGGAUGUAUCUGACAGUACCGUGUUGAGGAGUUUACACCUGCCCAAGAACAACAGCCUCUAUGUCCUGACCCCUGACAUUGCUCCUGCAGCCAGUACCAGUACAAACAGUGCUCUACAAGAUUCAUUAAACCAGAACUUUCUCUUGGUCAUCAGUCAUCGUGAGGCACAGAGAGACUACAGCCUGAACUUCCCCGGCUCCAGAACCAUACAGGAGGUGAAGAGAAACAUUUCAGACUUGACAAACAUCCCAGUUCGACAUCAACAAUGGGAAGGAUGGCCAGCGUCUGCAUCUGAUGACUCUAUGACACUAGCUGUUUCGGGUAUUAGUUAUCCUUGCCAUCACCUCAGUGUUUGUCGGAGGUCAUCACCAGCCAAUCCUCAGGAGCCAACAGAAGAGUGUGCAGAUGUCCAUAUGAUCAGCGACAGUGAGGGCGAUGACUUUGAGGAUGCCUCAGAGUUUGGAGUCGACGACUCAGAAAUGUUUGGAAUGGGCUCGUCGAGUAGUCGAAAAUCACCUAUGAUGCCAGAAAACAGUGAAAAUGAAGCUGAUGCCUUACUGCACUUUACUGCUGAAUUUUCUUCAAGGUAUGGAGAGAACCACCCCAUGUUUUUCAUUGGGUCUUUGGAAGCAGCAUCUCAAGAGGCCUUCUAUGGCAAAGCCAGAGACAGAAAGCUGCUGGCGAUCUACCUCCACAAUGACGACAGUGUUCUCAGUAACGUCUUCUGCUCUCAGAUGAUGUGUGCUGAUUCUAUUGUUUCCUACUUGAGCCAGAACUUUAUCACAUGGGCUUGGGAUGUCACUAAAGAAGCUAACAAAGCCAGACUACUCACCAUGUGUACACGGCACUUUGGCAGCGUGGUAACUCAGACUGUGCGGACAUAUAAAACAGACCAGUUCCCAUUGCUUCUUAUAGUCAUGGGAAAACGCACAUCCAACGAAGUUCUAAAUGUUAUUCAAGGCAAUACAACAGUCGAUGAGCUUAUGAUGAGAUUAAUGGGAGCCAUGGAAAUCUUCACAGCACAACAGCAAGAGGAUAUCAAAGAUGAGGAUGAACGAGAGGCAAGAGAGAUGGUGAAGAGGGAGCAGGAUGAAGCCUACCGCUUGUCACUAGAAGCUGACCGCAAGAAGAGAGAAGCCCAGGAAAGAGAAGAAGCUGAACAAGUGCGUCUUGAGCGAAUGAAAAAGGAACAGGAGGAAGAGAAGGAGGCUAUUCGUUUGUCACUGGAGCAGACCCUACCGCCGGAGCCUGAGGAGGAUUCAGGAGAACAGAUCAGUAAACUGAGGAUCCGCACUCCCAGCGGAGAGUUUGUGGAGAGGCGCUUCCUUGGCAGCUGUAAACUGCAGGUCCUUUUCGACUUUGUGGCCUCGAAGGGUUACCCCUCAGAUGAGUUCAAGCUGCUCACCACCUUCCCUCGUAGAAAUAUUACACAGUUGGAUCCUGCCUCGACACUGGUGGAGGCCAAGUUGUUCCCACAGGAGACACUGUUUCUGGAGGCUAAAGAGUAGGACAGAGACACUGGACUGGACUGGCUCCACACACACUAGUCACUGAGCAUGGGCCCUGCCACUCUCUCUCCUCCUCUCACCCCAAAGACCCACCUCGCAUCGGCAUGCACAUCCAGUGACAGAGUGCAAAGAGGCUAGCCCUGGGUCUGGCCAUGCUACAGGACAGCCUGAGUGGAGCUCGGGCAGUACCACAAGCACACAGCCAAACACUUCACCUCCCUGAUCUCCUCUAUCCUCCUCAACUCACAUUAAAUGACAACCUUAUGAUGGAAACCGGAGCACAGAGCAUUGAGAAACUGAGUGGACUCACAGUUGUCAUAUAGGAAAAAUAAUUCAAGAAUACACCAAGGCUGCUUUUAUAAAAACCUGUUUUUUGUGUUUGGAAUUUACAAAAUCCUAAAUAAAAAAUAAAUAAAUUAAGAAGAGACGCUGUCCAAAAGAGGUGAUGCGUGUAUCUUCUGCACUUGUGUUAAGGGUUUCGAUCUUUUCCAGAUUUCAUCCUCCAGCCCACACCCUUCUGCCCAUGUUUGCCACAAAGAAAAAAAACGGGCGUGAAUUCUGCAGUGUUGCUCUGGACCGCACUGUCUUGAUUUCAUCAGCUUCUCCAAAACAAUUAGUUCUGUUUUCUUUUCGCUCCAAUUCUUUUGAUCCUUUUUAAGUUUGAUGCUGUAUUAGUUUUAGUUGGAUUUACAUUAUAUAAAGUAUAUGAAUAUUGACAACAAA